AUGAAAAGUUAUUUAAAAGUACUAGUCUCUUCUCUUGCAUUAGUCUCUAUAGUAAACGCUACUACAGGUAAAUUAGUAAAUUGUUCUCCUACUGAUACUUGUGUCACAACAGAUUGCCCAAAUUAUGCUGGUGGUUCAUGGUCAAGUGAUCCAAGUUCAAAUAGAUGUUUCAUUUCUAAUUGUGAAGCUAUUACUACUCCACCUUCCCCUUUAACUGACCUUUAUUGUGGAACUUGUCCUCCAGAUAUUGGGUCAGCUGGAGCUUAGAAAUAUGCAAAUACUUCUGGGGGAGCUUGUGUAGCAGCUACAGCAUCCUGCGGAAUUCAUAGAUCUAGUAUAUGGACAGAUAAUGAUUGCGGUAUAUGUAACGGAACAUCUCAAGGUAAUGCAUAAUAUGCAAACAGUUCAAGAUCAAAAUGUGUAGCUCCUUCAGAUAGCUGUGGAGGUAACAGAAAGGUUGCUUCUAAAUGGACAGAUAAUGACUGCAAUUUAUGUAAUAGCCCCGCCUCUACUGCUAUAUAUGCUAAUCCAGCAGGAGAUAGAUGUGUAGCUUCUUCAGCUAGUUGUGGAGCAAGUAGACCUUCAACUACUAAAUGGACAGAUAAAGAUUGUGGUAUAUGCAAUGGUACCUCUGCUGGCAACGCAUAAUACGCUAAUUCUUCAGGAACUUAAUGCGUAGCUUCAUCAGAUAGUUGCGGCGGAAGUAGAGCUUCUAGUUCUAAAUGGACAGAUGGUGAUUGCAGUUUAUGUAAUGGUACUUCCCCUGGUAGUGCUUCAUUUUCUAAUCCAACUGGCAGUUAAUGUAUAGCUACAUCAGCUAGUUGUGGUGCAAGUAGACCUUCGACUUCUUUAUGGACAGAUAACGACUGUGGUUUAUGUAAUGGCACAUCUUCUGGUAGUUAAUAAUAUGCUAAUACAUCUGGAACUAGCUGUGUUGCUUCAACAGCAAGUUGCGGAGCUAGUAGACCUUCAACCUCUGUGUUCACAGACUCCGAUUGUGGUAUUUGUAAUGGUACAUCUCCUAAUAGUGCCUAAUAUGCUAAUACAGCUGGAAAUAAAUGUGUAGCUUCAUCUGCAAGUUGCGGGGCUAGUAGACCUGCUUCAACUUUGUGGACAGACUCUGACUGCGCUUUAUGUAAUGGUACAUCUGCUAAUAGUGCCUAAUAUGUUAAUACAGCUGGAAAUAAAUGUGUAGCUUCAUCUGCAAGUUGCGGGGCUAGUAGACCUGCUUCUACUUUGUGGACAGACUCAGACUGCGCUUUAUGUAAUGGUACUACUCCUGGUAGCAACUAAUAUGCAAACCCAAGCAAAAAGGCAUGCUAAUCUACAAUUCCUCCACCUACUAAUUCAUAUAAUAACUCAUCUAUAUUAAUAUGCUCAUUUUUGCUUUUUGUUAACUUCUUUUUCUGA